UUAUUCCUUCACUAGCGUUAUUGAAAAAAAGGAAAAACAACAAAGACGACUGGCAAAAAAUUAAUUACAACAAAAACGAUUUUUCAUCAACAAAUAAACCACAAGUGUCAUAAAAAUUCCAUUGUAAACAAAUCCCAGUUACUUCAGAUAAUUGGAAUCAAAGCAACCACCUAUAAUACAUUCUUGGCUGCUAUCUGACACCAGUCUUGUGUAAGUUAUUUUGGGAAUCUUGUCCCAUCAUAGAAGAAUACAACAGCUCCUCUAUUCAUUUACUUGCUCUUCAACAACAACACUCGAACAAACGAAUACGCAUUUGAAAUGGGCCGUGUAUUUUUGGAACAUCUGGGGGGCAUUCGUUUGUUCAACUGUGGCCAGUGUCAAACGAACCUUACCAAUCGCAAUCAAUUGAUAAGUACGCGCUUUACAGGAGCCACCGGACGAGCUUAUCUCUUCAAACGUGUGGUGAAUCUUACAUUCAGCAAUGUCCAGGAGAGGGUCAUGUUGACGGGCCGUCACAUGGUGCGAGAUGUAAUGUGCAAGAACUGCAAUGCUAAGCUUGGUUGGAUGUAUGAAUAUGCAACGGAUGAACAACAAAAAUACAAGGAAGGUCGGGUGAUUUUGGAAUAUGCUCUUAUAAGUGAAGUGGAAGGCUUUCCCGAAAGCUCAACACCGACUCACUAACAGCGAUGGAUGCUCUAAAUA